AUGAGGGAUUUUGGUUUCCCGGACAGGACAGCCAGGAACAACAGGACGAGCUACUUCUCUAUGAUGCUGGAUCCAUGCGGUGUGGGCCGAGCGAUGGUGGACACACGGAACACGAGCCUCAACCCAUUGAUUGCCUUACGGAGCUGGGCUAUGUUCACGUGUAUUUUCGCGCCGUUUUCAGAGCUGCACGCGAUGAGGUGGUCCCUCCGAGCUCUCAUCGAGUGGAACAAAGCUCAAUUCUCUUCAAUGGACCCCAUCAACUUCGGCAACCAGUCCUAUCCGCGGGGCUGGCUACCCCCUUUACAAGAUGACCCUGUGGCUGGCCGACCCUUCCUUCCGGACACGUUGAAGCGCCUUACCAUCAAGCGCACGAACGACCACAUCCACCGUACCUCGGAGUGGAGAGGCCGGCCGGUAGUCAGUGGCUUCCUGCCUUCAACUUGGGCGCUGCUGAGGAACUUGGAGCUCUUGGAUCUGAGCGACGAUAUGGGUCAAGGUGCCAUUGAAGGUCCCAUUCCCAGCACUUGGCUCAUGAUGACGAAGCUGAGGACAAUGUACGCACGCGACGAUCACCGUCAGUAA